AUGAAGAUUAGUUGUAUUAGCCCGACCCCACCAACUCCGCCCCGCCACCGCCGUCGCCUCCGCUCUCUAGCCAACUCACGCUCAACUCUCCGUGCGUGCUCGGCGUCCACCUGCCCCGCCGCGCACGCUCGGCGCCCCCCGCCGUGCCCCCCGCCCAACUCGGCCCACCCCCCCAUCCUCAGUCCGCCCCCGCCCUGCCCCCCGCCUGCCGCCCGCGCGCACUCCCUACGGCCGACCUGCCCUGUCGAGCUCCUGCCUAGCCCUACUAGCUGCACCCACGUGCAACCCGACUCUACCUCCUCGUAUGCACCUCUCCGACACCCACUCUGUCCGUCAUUGUACCGGGUCACGCACCCACUGUACCUGGCUCGCCCUGAUAUCGCCUCUCCACGCCCCCCGGGCCACCGCGCACGCCUCUGCUCACGCCCUCCGGAGCGCGCUUCCCCACCUCGCACUCGCUCGCCCCGUCAGCCCCUGGAUCGCCUCAGCCCGCGUCUAGCGCGCGGACUCCCUCGCAUUGCCGGACUACAACCCGGCGACCCAUCUUUAGCGUACCCAAUCCAAGCGCCGUGCCCGGCCGUGCCAGCGCGCUCCCGACCGCUCCCAGCGUGA